AUGGCUUCCAAAUUCCUCCGGGAAUACAAGCUCGUCGUCGUCGGAGGUGGUGGCGUGGGAAAGAGUUGCUUGACUAUCCAGCUCAUCCAGUCCCACUUCGUCGACGAAUAUGAUCCGACCAUUGAAGACUCCUACCGCAAGCAGUGCGUCAUCGACGAUGAGGUCGCACUCCUAGACGUUCUCGAUACCGCCGGCCAAGAAGAGUACUCCGCCAUGCGCGAGCAAUACAUGCGAACCGGUGAAGGCUUCCUGCUCGUCUACAGCAUCACGUCGCGGCAAAGCUUCGAAGAGAUUGUCACAUUCCAACAGCAAAUACUGCGGGUCAAGGACAAGGACUACUUUCCCAUAAUCGUCGUGGGUAACAAGUGCGAUUUGGAGUCGGAGCGACAAGUGAGCACAGAAGAGGGCAAGCAACUCGCGCGAUCGUUCGGCUGCAAGUUCAUCGAGACGUCCGCCAAGUCACGCAUCAACGUCGACAACGCCUUCUACGACAUCGUUCGUGAGAUUCGGAAAUACAACAAGGACAUGUCAGGAUACCCAGGAGGUGGUGGCAGUGGCGGCAAGCCAAAAGAUGAGAUGGGCUUCCAAGAUCAGGAGCAAGAGGCUGGCUGCUGCGGUAAGUGCGUGGUGAUGUAA